AUGGUGAGAUCAAACAAAUCCAAGAAUCCAGAGCGUAUAGGCAAGGGUAAAGUUACUCCAAUGCAAGUCGCUUUCCUCGUGGAUCGAUACCUUUGCGAUAAUCGCUUCAUAGAGACUCGAUCCAUUUUCAGAUCUGAAGCUUCUUCUCUCAUCUCCAAAUCUCCCGUUCGCGAAGUUCCGAAUAGUUUGAUACCUCUGGAUGAUAUUUUGAACGAAUACAUCUGCCUCAAGGAGCAGAAAGUGAUGGUAGAUCAAGAGAAAGUUAGGCUCGAGCAGGAGAAAAUUAGGGUUCAAAAUCUAUUGAAUGGAAUGCAGGAUGUGAUGAACGCUUACAACUCCACCGCACCGGUUCCUUCUCCGGUGAUCCCGUCGGCAGCUCCGGCGGCGGCGGUGGCUAUUCAAGUGGUUUCCUCGACUUCUCCAUCGAUCAAUUUCGACGUCUCUCCUUCAGGCCACACCGCGAACAUUAACACACCUAAUGUUAUGCCAGUGUCAUUACCAGGGAACAAGAGAGUUGGGAAUUUCACAGCACCUUCUAUCAGUCAGUCUAUAACCAAAAAGAGAAAGAGUCCUGAGGUUUCUGUAGAGGCUCCUUCUGUGUCUAAGAAAGGAAUGAAAAAGAUUACACGAGCUGAUAAGGCGACAAACUACUUGACAUUUCAUUCAUCAUCUGAAAAACAAACGCCGGUGAUAAACAACCGUGGACUUAAUGAGUCAUCUGCAAGUGUGGCAAAGUGUUUGUUUGACAGAUCGUCUCUGACAAAUUCAGCUUGUCCGAGGACACCACAAAAGCAAGUAUCUUUUCAGAGUGAUGAAUCUAUCACUCCCCAGCAAGAAAUUACUCCUACAAACCAUACAAUUGUUACAAAGGAGAGAAUCACAGUCAGUCCUCUCAAACAAAUUGCUUCUUAUACAAUGGAAAGGAGCCAUAUGGUUUCUUCUUUUUCGCCGGUUAAGUCUAAUCUGAAGAUGUCGAGUAAAAGAGAUCAUGUGAAAGGAAGGCUCAACUUUGAUGACACUGAAGCCACAAUGCACUUAGAUGCACCUGCCACUGCCGAGUUGGUUUCAACUUCUUCAUCAUCAGGCUCUGAAACAGAAACUGAUUUAUUCGACAUGGAUUUUUCCAACAUAGAUCUUCUUAGCGAAAGCUUUUCGUUCUCUGAGCUGCUAGUCGAUUUCGAUAUUGGCUGUGAAGAAAUACAAGACCCUUCCUUGCCACAUCCUUCAAACUAUCACAUAGACACUGCUUCAGGAGGAUCAUCUUCUGAAUCAAUGCACGAGAAUCUAGUACCUGACCAGGUUGUAUCAGAGUACACAUCAACAGUGACAGAAACAAUUCAAGGAAAAGACAUGAUGAACACACAAGGAUCCGACUCCAGGACUACUGUAAAGUCCAUAACAAAAUGUCUACGAAUCUUAAGUCCGGCCAAGAGUUGUAGACAGAGAGCCACAAUCGACUGA